AUGUCGACGGAUUCGUCCACCUCGUCGGCGUCCAGCCCUAGCUCCGGCAUCGGCAUGACGCCCGGCUCCUCCGACUCCGUCCUCCCGGUCUUCAUCAAUCCGUACGCCUCCGUCAACGUCAAGACCCACGUCCCCAUCGAGCUCGACCUCCAGCUGCCAAACUACAACAAGUGGAAUGCCUUCUUCACCGCCAUGUGCGGCAAGUUCGGCCUUCUAGGACACAUCGACGGCACCAUCACGUCCCGUCCGACUGAUCCCACCUGGAAUCAGCCGGGCGCUUGUGUGCGCAGCUGGAUGUACGGCUCCGUCUCCGAUGGGGCGAACCAGGAGCCGCGCGCCGUCAUCCUGAACCAGGAGUUCGUCUCCUUGUCUCAGGGCGACCUUCCCAUCGAGGCUUAUGCCUCGCAGCUGAAGCAGACUGCCGACGCUCUUCGCGACGUCGGCCACCCCACCCUGGAUCGCCAACUGGUGCUCAAUCUGCUGAACGGCAUCAACCCACGCCUCGCCAACACCGCCGACAUCAUCGCCAACACGAGGCCACUACCGACCUUCACCGAGGCAGUGAAAUGCUUCGCCUGA